GAGAUCUACUUGGGGGACGCGGAGAGACGCGCGUAGCCCGUGUGACCCGCUGCCGGCGAGAGGGUUCACUGCUUGCUGACGCGCAGGAAUGAAGUUAACCGACAUUGCAUUUUUGCGGGGGCUGGGGAGAGGCUGCAUGCUAGCAAACCCGCGGAAGCCCCGAGCCGAGGGCUUCUUUGGAGGAGCUAGGGUGGUGCACACAUGCCAGGGAGCUGAGUGACCUUGGACGGGUCAACCUACCCCCGCCCCGCUUCGUUAAGAGGAGAGGCUUGGGUUCUUCGCAGCUCCACGGUGCUGUUGUGCCAUUGCACUGUGAGACGACAAAGGGCCCCGAAGUACUGGCUCUGCAGAUGUGAAUUAUUAAAAAAGAAAAAUGGCCCAACGGAGCACUGUAUUUCCUUCUCUUGUCACCAAGGAAAGACGCGUCAGAACCAUGCCCCGACACAGCCAGUCCCUGAGCAUGGCACCCUACUCUGUGAACCUCAUGGAGCAGCUGGAAGACAGGAUCCUGUGCCACGAGAAAACAACCGCCGCCCUCGUGGAGCACGCCUUCCGAAUUAAGGACGACAUCGUCAACAGUUUGCAGAAAAUGCAAAACAAAGGGGGAGGCGACCGCUUGGCCAGGCUUUUCCUGGAGGAGCACAUCAGAAACAUAACUGCCAUCGUGAAGCAACUGAAUCGGGACAUCGAGGUACUCCAGGAGCAGAUCCGUGCCCGGGACAACAUUAGCUACGGAACUAAUUCUGCCUUAAAGACUCUGGAGAUGCGUCAGCUGUCCGGUUUGGGGGAUCUUCGAGGGAGAGUGGCAAGGUGUGACGCCAGCAUAGCCAGACUCUCCGCGGAGCACAAAUCCACGUGCGAGGGCCUUCAGCACCUGAACAAAGAGCAGCAGGCUGCCAAGCUUAUCCUGGAGACAAAGAUCAAGGACGCAGAGGGCCAGAUUUCUCAGCUUUUGAACAGAGUGGACUUGUCAAUAUCCGAGCAAAGCACCAAACUGAAGAUGUCCCACAGAGAUAGUAACCACCAGCUUCAGCUCUUGGAUACUAAAUUUAAGGGUACAAUUGAGGAACUCAGUAACCAGAUUUUAUCUGCUCGGAAAUGGUUGCAGCAGGAACAGGAACGGAUAGAAAAAGAACUUUUACAGAAAAUCGAUCAGCUCUCCUUGGUUGUUAAGGAAAACAGUGGAGCCAGUGAAAGGGACAUGGAGAAGAAGCUCAGCCAGAUGUCAGCCAGACUCGACAAACUAGAAGAGAGUCAGAAGAAGCAUAUGGAAGGGCAGAGAACAAAACAAGAAGAAGAGAAGGUGCAUGGGCGAAUCAGCAAGCUGGAGUUGCAGAUGACGGAGGACAUGAAGGAAAUGAAAGCAGAAGUUGAUGCUGGGUUUACAGCCAUCUAUGAAAGCAUAGGAUCCCUCAGGCAAGUUCUUGAAGCCAAGAUGAAACUGGACAAGGACCAGCUACAGAAGCAAAUCCAACAGAUGCAGAAGCCGGAAGCUCCCAUGUGAAGGGAAUUGGGACAAGGACCUCAAAGGUGGUUUUGCCAGUGGGUCUGGGAGCUCAAGACCUCUGUCAGGGUGUGGUGGCAUUUGGGAUUGUUCUAUUUAUGGCGUGCAUGUGCCAAGAAAUGUGUUUUCAUGGGUCUAAAUGUUUACCUUGAGUCUUGAAAACACUCUAUCUUUAAAAACCUAUACUAAAAUAGAGGAAUAUGCAAAUUGUCCGGGACUCCAUCACAGUAAUGACUGAACGGCAGCCUGCGUGGGGCGACCAGGCUGACAGGGGGGUUAGAGAGGGACGACCAAACGACUGAAUAGCAGGCUGCAUGGGGCGACCAGGCCAGCAGGGAGGGAAGUUGGGGGCCCCAGGCCGGCAUGGGGGGGAAGUUAGG